AUGGAUGACCUCCACCAGAACCACCAUGACAGUUGCUCCGACGGGCCCCCUCCAACGACCAGUGUAGCCAUGGUCAAGUUUCCUACUUCUCAAGACCAAGACCCAGCAAUUGAAAAAAUUGCGUGCGCUGUGAAGCAAAUUCUGGAGGCCCUGGGCGAAGACGUCGGUCGCGAGGGACUGGAAAAGACGCCAGAGCGCGUCGCCAGAGCCAUGCUCUUCCUCACCGGUGGCUACAAUCUCGACUCAACGGCCAUCCUCCAAAAGGCCAUCUUUAAUGAAGAUCCCAACAGCUUCGUCCUGGUCAAGGACAUUUCCUUUUCGAGUCUAUGCGAACACCACCUCGUUCCCUUUGUUGGCAAGGCCCAUGUUGGGUACAUACCGAACGGAAAAAUUGUCGGCUUGUCCAAGAUCGCGCGAGUGGUCGAGGGCUUUGCGCGCCGACUGCAGGUACAAGAGCGUCUCACGACGCAGGUGGCACAAAGUCUCUUUGACGUGCUGCAGCCGCAUGGCGUGGCCGUGGUGAUGGAGGCAGUGCACUUUUGCAUGGUCAUGCGAGGUGUUGAGAAGACAUCGGCGUCCACUACGACGACUGCCUUCGUAGGGGGGUUUGAGGGCCAUGGACACACUAAAGAAGACUUCUGGCGGGCUCUUGGCAGGUAA